AGGUUUCUGCCUAUGUUAUGACGCGCUGAAGAACUACAACGCGGGUGACAGCAGCGUACUCCUCCUCAAAUGUGGAAAGGAAGCGGAGCGGACACAUAGUCAAAACGGUAUCCUCUUUGCAAGCAUCGGUAAUAACGUCAAGAACAGAGCUGCAAGACCGCUCCCUCUCAAAAUGCCUCGUAUUGAAAAUGACAUCAAGCUCGACUUCAAAGAUGUUCUGCUUCGCCCAAAGAGGAGCACACUCAAGUCCAGGAGUGAGGUGGACUUAAUGAGAAGCUUUACCUUCCGAAAUUCAAAGGGCAGCUACACAGGGAUCCCCAUCAUCGCUGCCAACAUGGACACAGUCGGCACGUUUGAGAUGGCCACUGCUUUACAAAGGUUCAGCCUUUUCACUGCAAUCCACAAACACUACUCUGUUGAUGACUGGAAGGAGUUUGCAAAGACCCACCCAGAAUGUCUUGAGAGUGUAGCUGUCAGCACAGGCACUGGUGAAGGAGAUUUUGAGAAGAUUUCAGCCAUUGUAGAGGCAGUACCCCAGCUGAAGUAUAUAUGUGUAGAUGUGGCCAAUGGAUACUCUGAGCAUUUUGUCCACUUUGUUAAAGAUGUAAGAGAAAAAUUCCCUUCACACACGAUUAUGGCAGGAAAUGUGGUAACAGGAGAGAUGGUGGAGGAGCUGAUCCUGGCUGGUGCUGACAUAAUCAAAGUGGGCAUUGGACCAGGAUCUGUUUGUACAACCCGCAAAAAGACAGGAGUUGGAUAUCCUCAACUAAGUGCUGUAAUUGAGUGUGCAGACGCAGCCCAUGGUCUGGGUGGACAUAUUAUUUCUGAUGGAGGAUGCACUUGUCCCGGAGAUGUUUCAAAAGCUUUUGGUGCUGGCGCAGACUUUGUGAUGCUUGGUGGUAUGCUUGCUGGUCAUACAGAGAGUGGUGGGGAGACUAUUGAAAAGAAUGGGAAGAAAUACAAACUGUUUUAUGGGAUGAGCUCUGAUACUGCUAUGAAGAAACAUGCAGGAGGUGUGGCCGACUACAGAGCUUCAGAGGGGAAAACAGUGGAGGUUCCAUUCAAGGGGCCUGUGGAUGAGACGAUUAAGGACAUCCUGGGAGGUGUCCGUUCCACCUGCACAUAUGUGGGAGCGGGGAAACUGAAAGAGCUGAGUCGGAGGACCACCUUUAUCAGAGUCACGCAGCAGCUUAACACUGUUUUUGGCAGCAGCUGAAUGGCUUGAAACACGUCUUGUGGAGCUCAACAGUGACUGCCCAUCCCCUGGUUCCAAAAGUAAUAUUCCCAUUUUUCCCAUUGACAUUCCAAAAAAAUUUAAUAAAAUAAAGCUUGAAGUUUCAAGGCUUGCUCAGGGUUCUUCACCUAUGUGGUAACUACUGACCACAAGACCUGUAAUUUCAUUUAAAAUCUGUUUCUGAAACUUUAUAAAGUUAUUAAAACAUUUUGCAUAACCUUGUGUUUUAAACUUUCUUUUUGGAAACAACUGUGUUAUGGAUAUUAGUUAAACUCUUGAACUCUCUUAGACUUUUUUGUCUAAAAUUUACUUCUGGAACCAAAGCAGACUUUGACGUGGACGUAACUGUUGAGGUUCAUUGACACAGGCACACAUUCCCUUUAAUUUUCACUCCUUGUUGUAAUAUUUAAAGGUAAGUUGCCUUUAGACUUGGAGAAUUCAGGGGCAAAGACUAGCAUCAGUCAAUGUUUUGGCUGCUCUUGCAUUCCUGGUGUUUCUCACUUUUCAAUAAUUCAUGCUUUAUACAAACUCAAAAAAGGGCCAGUUAAAAAUUCUAAUUGUCUUACAGCUGAAACAGUAUUUACUGCCAUCAUUUUUUAAGAUGCACUAUACUUUUUGGUUGAGGGUCCACAACCUGCUUGUCCCCACUGAUAUGUUGUGUUCCCUGAAAUGUUCUGCAGUAUGGCAUUAAACAUUUAUUUAUGUAUUUCAGGUGCUCAAUCAUACCUUCAUUACCUUGGAAACCAUGCAUUCUUACCGUAAGCAGAAUUGCCUCUCCACAGAUCUAACCUAAAUUUGGCCUGGUGGCAUCACCAUGCUUGUGUCCAUGGUGGUAGAUAUGUUUUAUGCAAUGCACUGGAAGAUUCCAGGUAGAGCAGUAACAUUUCCAUAUAGACAAGCAGGUGAUGGACCACCCACCAGGAAAGUUGCAUAGUACUACUUUAAAAAGCAAUUUAGUUAUUGUUUAAUUUUUUGAGCUCUCUUGCAUUCCUGUUCUCUUAAAUUCUCAAUCAUUCAUGCUUUAUACAAACAACAAACAGUCAGUAAAUUAAAAAUGAAGUCUGUCUUACUCCACUGAAACAGUAUUUACUGUCAUAAUUUAACAAAAUAAUAGUGUUUUGAGCUGCACAUUGUAAAAUUAAACAACAAUUAAACACAUUAUUUGUAUUAGGAGAAUAAAAAGGGGAUAAUGUGUUUUGCAUUGUGUAAUUUUACUGUUAGCACACCUGUGCCACAUACUACUGAUGCAAAUUAAAAAUUCAUGCAGUAUGA